CAAAAUAUAAAAAUGAGUUUUAAUAAUGAAACUCAAGUAGUAUCUGAAUUUAAUAUUUCCGAUGAAGAUUCUAGUUCCGUAAAAAUUAGUCAUGAUAAUUGUUAUGACCCAGAUAAUGGUAAAUUUUGGUGUAAAGAAUGUGUUCCUCGUUGCAUAAUUGAAGGGUGGACUAGCAGUGGAAAUGAUGAUAUUGAUAAUCUUAUCAAGGAUUCGAUUUAUAACGCAAGAAAAAAGUAUUUUUAUUAUCCAAAUUAUCCAUUAUUUCUUGAAUGGGUUCCAUUUGAUAGAUUUAAAGAUAUGAAACAAAUAGGUGAAGGUGGAUUCGCAAAAGUGUAUUCUGCAACUUGGAUUGAUGGUGAUGCAAAAUACAUUAAACAAGAUGAUGGAAAUUGGAUAAAAAGAGAACCUAAAUCUAUGGAAGUUGCCUUGAAAAGGCUGAAUGGAUCACAGAAUAUGUCAGCUGAUUAUUUAAAUGAGCUUAAAGCACAUUGGAAAUUAAAUUACAUACAAACAGAUUCUUUAAAAUUUUAUGGGAUGACCAAAGAUCCAGAAACUGAAGAAUUUAUAAUGAUUAUGCAAUUUUCAAGUAGAGGAAAUUUGAGAAAUAUUCUUUCAAGUGAUUUUGAAAAUAUUUUAUGGAGUGAGAAAAUUGAGUAUUUAUAUUGUGCAGCAACGGAUCUUAAAAAUUUACAUGAAUUAGGAUAUUUUCAUAAAGAUUUUCAUAGUGGAAAUAUGUUAUCAAGUAAUGAUGGUUUUUAUAUUUCAGAUUUUGGAUUAUCUAGACCAUCAAAUGAACAGAAAUCGUCAGAUAAUAAAAUAGUUGGUGUUUUGCCAUAUAUUGCUCCAGAAGUUUUAAAUGGAGAACCAUAUACAUUAUCUUCAGAUAUUUAUAGUUUCGGUGUAGUUAUGGCUGAAGUAUCAUCUGGAAAACCUCCUUUUUAUAAAAGAAAUCAUGAUAAUAGCUUAGCAUUAAAAAUAUGUAAUGGACUCAGACCAAAAUUUGGAAAAGGAACCCCUGAAAUUUAUAAGAAAUUAGCACAUAGAUGUAUGAAUGCUAAUCCUAAUCAAAGACCAACAGUCAAUGAAUUAUAUGAAAUAUUAAAUUGUUGGCAUUGGUAUGAUGAUAAUGAAAAAUAUGGAUAUAAAGGAAAAGAAGUUAGAAAUGCAUUUGAGGAAGCUGAUAAAGAAAUACCAAAUAUUUCAACCUUAUGUGAAAAAGAUCCUGAUGCUAUUUAUACUAGUAGAGCAUUUACAUUUAAAGAUUUAUCAAAACCCAUUAAUUCAUCUUUCAUUGUCACUAAAUAUCUUAAUGAAGAAUAUAAUAAAGAUUGUCAAGAUUCUCAAUUAAUUGACUUAGAAGUUCCUAGCACAUCGAAAUUAGAGGGUGGUUAUAGUGUUAACUAAAUAAAAAUUUUGUAACUAUAUAUAUGUUAAUUUUUUAUUUAUUUACGAUAAAAU